AUGGACCAUGGAGUUGAUGCAGACACUGGAGCGGAGUAUGGGUCUUCAGGCUCGCAGGCAGAUUACGGUGAAGAAGUGGAGUUUUAUGACGGUGCAGGCAAGACGUGGGGUGUUGGGAAGACUUUCAUGGACCAAUUCAACGAGGAUGAAUAUGCUGCAGAGAGGGAGCAAAACCAAUACUUUCCUUUCGCUAGCAAACCGGACUGGGAGAUGGCAUCGUAUAUUCUUCGGUCCGAUCUUAGCAUGGCCGAAAUCAACGAGUACCUCAAUCUUGAAUUUACCAAAACACUCCCGUUGUCAUUUCGCUCUUCGCGAGAACUCCGAGGACGUGUUGAAUUGCUCCCAGCUCCCCCUCAAUGGAAGUAUCAAAAAAUCACUACCGAGUUUCCAACGACAAAAACCCUUCAAAUAUUUUAUCGGGACGCAAUCGAGUGCUUGCAGUCACUUCUCAGUCACCCACUGUUGGCCGCCAGCUUUGAUUUCAUCCCAUGCAAGGUUUACGAGUCUGCCGAACGUGCGGUUCGAGUUUAUCAUGGUUUCAUGACAGGCGAUCAUGCUUGGAACCUUCAGAAAGACCUACCUGAAGGUGCAUCCCUCCUUGGUGUAGUCCUCUCCUCGGACAAGACCAAUCUGGGUGUAGACCAGGAUGAUGGUGACAGUUUUGUUGACGACCCCCACCAGGAUCAUGACACCCUCGAAAGAUAG